UGCGAUUAGGCUGAGUUUGGAGAGAUAACGAUGGAGUUCCUUGAGGACCCGUGAGAAGAGCUCAUUUGCAAUUUUAGAGGACCUCAUUCACGGAUCGGCAGGACCCGCUACGGAGCCGCGGGAAUUCUUCCAACUCUUUGAGAGGCAUCGAAGAAUACUGCCAUGCAGGGUAAUGCUUGCUCGAGAAUAUUCGUCCGCUAUGCCUCAUCCACACGAGGGCCAUUUCGUACGCCGAAACCAAACUUCGCCCGAGUACUCAACAACCCAUCUGCACCUCACCCCUCACCUUCCUCCGCGCCCUCUCCCGCUUUUCCACCCGCUGAACCGAAUACGCACUACCGCGUCACUCUUCACCGCUCCGCUAUUGGCCUCCCUAAACAAAUCUCACGGACGCUGGAAGCUCUUGGAUUACACAAACGAAUGCAAACAGUCUUCCAUGAGCAUUCACCAGACAUAGCGGGGAAAUUACUCCAAGUGAAGGAACUAGUCCAAGUCGCGAACGUCCCUGCGGAUGCGGUUCGAUCAGCUAGGGAGUUACGAGAGGAGCGGAGAGCAGUUCGUGGAUACGAUGUCGUACAGCGACGGCCAUACGGUAACGGUCACUUAACGUUAGUGCAAGCCGUACAAGAACAGAGACUGGCAAGCCACAGGAAGGAGAAAGCACGGCGUCUAGGAGAAACACAAACCUCCACAGACCCCUCGAUCACUGCGACAUAAUAAUUCCUGCGUGAUCUUCCAGGUCGAUCGGAACUUUCAGGCCUCCAAGAUUUGAUAUAUUGUGCGGUAGAGAAUGAGCGUACAUGCCUAUUAGAAGCGUACAAAUUGAAAGUGGAACGUUUACGCCAAAAUUAAGCAGACGGAAUAGAGUGUAACGUAGGCAUGUCAUAAUGGGUGAUGUAAACAAGUGUGGAAGGAGUUGGAGUUGAGAAAACAUGGACGGCAGGUGCAAGCUCGGAACUCCCUGCGAAAUUAGAAAAGUGGGAACAUGGAUGUGAAAGCACGCGCCAGCGCGACCUCAGCAUUGGUCAAC